GCGGCAGUGUGACGCUGCCACUUUUGGCGGGAAAAGCGCUGCAUUUGGAUUGCUGUGGUGGCAGGCAGAGGACGGUCGGGUGAGGAAGGCGGCAGACAGCGUAGCGAGGGGGUCUGCAGAGGAGUUCGGGCCCGGGUGCCCCGCGGAGUCAUGGCAGUGCCCUUCGUGGAAGACUGGGACCUGGUGCAGACGCUGGGCGAAGGCGCCUACGGAGAAGUCCAACUUGCUGUGAAUAGAAGAACUGAAGAAGCAGUUGCAGUGAAGAUUGUCGACAUGAAGCGUGCGGUAGACUGUCCAGAAAACAUUAAGAAAGAGAUCUGCAUCAAUAAAAUGUUAAAUCACGAGAACGUGGUGAAGUUCUACGGCCACCGGAGAGAAGGCAACAUCCAGUAUCUGUUUCUGGAGUACUGUAGUGGGGGAGAGCUUUUUGAUCGCAUAGAGCCAGACAUAGGCAUGCCUGAACAAGAUGCUCAGAGGUUCUUCCACCAGCUCAUGGCAGGGGUGGUUUAUCUGCAUGGUAUUGGAAUAACUCAUAGGGAUAUUAAGCCAGAAAAUCUCCUAUUGGAUGAAAGGGAUAACCUCAAAAUCUCCGACUUUGGCUUGGCGACAGUGUUCCGGCAUAAUAACCGGGAGCGCUUGUUGAACAAGAUGUGCGGGACUUUGCCUUAUGUGGCUCCAGAACUCAUAAAGAGAAAAGAGUUCCACGCAGAACCCGUUGAUGUCUGGUCCUGUGGAAUAGUACUCACCGCAAUGCUGGCUGGAGAGUUGCCGUGGGACCAGCCCAGUGACAGCUGCCAGGAGUAUUCUGAUUGGAAAGAGAAGAAAACAUACCUCAACCCUUGGAAAAAAAUCGACUCUGCUCCUCUAGCCCUGCUGCAUAAAAUCCUAGUGGAGAACCCAUCAGUAAGGAUUACCAUCCCAGACAUCAAAAAAGAUAGAUGGUACAACAAAGCACUCAAGAAAGGGGCAAAGAGGCCCCGAGCCACCUCAGGCGGGGUGUCUGAGUCUCCUGGCGGGUUCUCGAAGCACAUCCAGUCCAGUUUGGACUUCUCCCUGGCAAACAAUGCCUCCAGUGAAGAGAAGGUGAGGUGCUCCAGCUCCCAGCCUGAGCCACGGACAGGCCUCUCCCUGUGGGACACCGGCCCCUCGUGCAUCGAUAAGCUGGUGCAGGGCAUCAGCUUCUCCCAGCCCGCGUGUCCGGAUCACAUGCUCCUGAACAGCCAGUUGCUGGGCACCCCGGGGUCCUCACAGACUCCCUGGCAGCGCUUGGUCAAAAGGAUGACACGGUUCUUUACCAAACUGGAUGCAGACAAGUCUUAUCAGUGCCUGAAGGAGACCUGCGAGAAGUUGGGCUAUCAGUGGAAGAAGAGCUGUAUGAAUCAGGUUACUGUAUCAACAACUGAUCGAAGAAACAAUAAACUGAUUUUCAAAGUGAAUUUGGUAGAGAUGGAUGAGAAGAUUUUGGUUGACUUCCGACUUUCUAAGGGUGAUGGAUUGGAAUUCAAGAGACACUUCCUGAAAAUUAAAGGGAAGCUGAGUGAUGUUGUAAGCAGCCAGAAGGUGUGGCUUCCUGCCACUUGAUCGAGCCAUUGGCUUUGGAAUCCCUGGUGAAUAUAGUACUGCUAUGUUGACAUUAUUCUUCCUAGAGAAGAUGACCCUAAUCUGCAAACUGCAAACAGUAGUCUCUGAAGAAUUGUCUUCAUCCUGGUCAAACACUUUCCAAUAUUGUUGUAUGUUCUGCAUAAAAAUAAUACCUAUAUUUUAAUUGUAAAUAAAACUUUGGGGAAGGGAUAGAAUUCAUUAGAUAUUUCUUCAUCUGUGUUGAGUGUCUACAUUUGAGACCCACCUGGAAAACCAAGCUUUGGGGAUAUAUGAGUUUACCAGCUUUUAUACCAGUACAGUGAAGGAUGAUACUCUUGUCCCAUAUUUAUCAAAAUGGUUAUGUUCGAAAAGUAUAUAUUGCCUCCACAUUGGGUUAAGUGGAUGAAUUAGUU